GGGCAGCGCUGGGGGUGGACUACAUGAUCUCAGUCGGGUCUGGACACAGAACGGUUCUGGGUCCCGCUAAGCCAGCUGGUCUGGCUUACGUACUUCAACUUUUUGGACACAAGGAAUCCCAAGGACGAGCCCACAGCUGGACCUGGCGGGACGACUCUUCCCGGCGAAGACGACCGACGCAGCGGUGUUCGCGCGUGCCCGUGGAGGAUCAUCGCCGCUGGACGGACUGUUGGCGGGAAAGUCAUGCAGCUUUGAGCCGCGCAGAAUCCAAGAGUGAAAAAGCGAGCCGAGAACAAACGAGUCUACAAACGAGACGACAAAGCAAGCGGCAAAGAUGGGAAGGAAAAAGAUUCAGAUAGCUCGCAUCGUGGACGAGCGAAACAGACACGUGACCUUCACCAAGCGUAAGUUCGGGCUGAUGAAGAAGGCGUACGAGCUGAGCGUCUUGUGCGACUGCGAGAUUGCGCUCAUCAUCUUCAACAGCACCAACAAACUCUUCCAGUACGCCAGCACCGACAUGGACAAGGUGCUGCUCAAGUACACCGAGUACAACGAGCCCCAUGAGAGCAGAACCAACUCUGACAUCGUGGAUACGCUGCGGAAGAAAGGCUUAAAUGGCUGCGACAGUCCCGACAUCGAGGCCGACGACUCUGCGGGUCAGAGCCCCGAGGCGGACGACAAGUACCGCAAGAUCAACGACGACAUCGACCUGAUGCUCAACAGGCAGAGAAUCUGCCAGGGUAUGCCCGCCUCCAGCUACGACAUGGGCGUGACCCUCCCUGGCGGCAACCCCUCUGGACUGCUGUACUCCCACCCGGGCCUAGGGGGCACUGUAGGCAACCACAGCCUGCUUCCCAUACAUCACCCCUCCCUACAGAGGAACAGCAUGUCUCCCCAGCGCCCCCCCAGCACUGGAGACACAGGCCUGCUGGGCUCAGAGCUGCCGAGCACCGUGGUCAGUGUGGGCUACAGCAGCCAGUGCCCCUCCCCCUCCUCGCUCAUGUCCCCAGGGGGCGUGGCCAAGACCAUCCAGGACAAAAGUCCUCCUCUGCCCAUGAGCAUGACUCGCAAGUCCGACCUCCGACCCCUGAUGGCGGCGACCAACAAGUGCGGCAACAUGCCGAGCCUUUGUGAGGACUUUGACCUCAUGCUGAACCAGCGGAUCAAUCACUCGCAGACGGCGCAGUCUCUGACGAGCCCGGCCGCCUCCGUGUCCGCCCAAACUCUUCCUGGCGGAGGGAUGGGCGGCUUCCCGUCCUCGUUGUCCUCUUACGGCACAGAGUUCUCCCUGGGUGGAGACCUCUCCUCUUCCUUGUCUGCCUUCGGGUCUUCUGGUCUGGGAUCAGUGAGCGGCGGCUGGCAGCAGCAGCAGAUCCAGAACCUCCAGCACUCGCCGCUGGGACACAUGGGAAACUUAUGCCACAAUUCCAACCUCAGCUUCCCAUCCGGACACCAGAACCUGCACAUCAAGUCCGAGCCGGCGUCCCCACCCAGAGACCGCGGCGCCGCGAUGGUGGGCACCAGGCUGGGAGGUGGGGCCUCGCUGGCGGGCCAGUCCCCUGCCAACAGCGCGUCCAGCUGCGGGAGCUCAUACGAAGGCGGCGAGGAGCACGACGACCAUCACGGCGGCGCCGACACCUUCCUCCUGCGGCCGCCGGCCGGCCAGGACGACCGCCGUAGUCCGUCGGUCAAGCGCAUGAGGCUCACCGAGGGCUGGGCCACAUGAUGGGGGGAUGGGGGUAGGGGUGGGCGGGGGUCAGCGGCCGCAGGGGGUGGGGUUAUUAGAGACGUUACCUUCUAGUGUUAUUAUAUGCUAAUGAUCAUAUUAAUCAUGUGAUGAGUGGGUGUGUCUUUGUGUGUCAGUCAGGAUGCUGGUUUCCAUGGUGAUGCUGACAACGUUAAAAUAAUCAAACCCUUGAAGCUUCAGUAAAAGAUCCUCGUGAAACUCCAAAGGGUUCACAAAAGAACCCUGAGGAACCCCGCAACUGAAAGUGACCUUAUAAUAAUAAUAAUAAUAAUAAUAACAACGCACUUUGUGCUCUUGGAGGAAUCGUAUUUAUUUAAUGAUACGUUUUUGACUCACAAGUCCAAGUUUCAGUUGUUUGGGGGCGGGGUCAAAGAUAUGAAAAAUGUGAAACGCACAAAGACUGCAGACAGCCAGGAAAGUGUUAAUGAAAGUUGUUACGUUUUAAUAAAGUUAUUAGGCGUUAACAGUUCAAGCGUCAGAUGGCAGAGAAGGUCAGAGGAAACAGGAAGUGUGAGGGCAGUGACAGGAAGUAGAAGUGGGAAGAGGAUGUUGGAAAAAGUGACUGCUGAUCCUUGGUAUGAGGGGCGGGGCCAGGUCGGGCCCCGCAGCCAAUCACAAACCAGCCUGUGGGGGCGGGCGGGGCCCGAGGUUCCCCUCCAGGUCACGAGUAGUGUUAGCAUGUAGCUGUUAGUUUGUUGUGCGUUAGCAUUAGGGAGGACUGCGGGACAGUGAUGCUUGAAGACGGUUAUGAAGUCCAAAGUUCUGCUGGUGUGCACCCUGGUGGUUGCCAUGGUGAUUGAUCGGGAAGAUCCUUGACGGUCGCAAAAGUGUUUGUGGGCCUGUCACCAUGGCAACAUGCAGUGCCUGGCGGGCCAAGCGGGUCUGACACCAAACUUGGUCGGCUUCUGUUUGAAUUUUUGUUUCCCAGUGUGGUCACCAGGCUGAGGGUUGUUUGGACAUUUGAAUAUUUUGCUGAUAAAAAUGUAUAUUUGGAGGCCAAACCCUCAGCAGCUUCUGAACAGAACCCACUGUAGUUUAGAACCCACCCAGCUCCACAUCACAGUGUUGUCGUCUGGAACGCUGCUGUCGAGAAAAGGGGCGGAGCCCACAGGGAAAGAAAACCCAAUCAAAUGUUUUAUUUUGGAGCAGGUCACACACACACAAAGGUUCUGUUCAACCACGUGAUCCUGUUGCUAUUUGGAAGAAAACAUACGAAAUAAAUAUACAUGCUCUGUCAA